AGAAGAGCCCGGCCGCGUCUUCUUCCGGUGUUGCAUUGUAGAGCGCAGGCGGAUCUGCGUCUCGGAGAGCGAGUGAAGGGGGGGAUAAGGGGAAGUGGGGGGGCCUGCGCUGCGCGAGGCUGUCAUGGCGACUAGCAUCGAGCAGAUUUUUCGGUCUUUUGUCGUUAGCAAGUUCCGGGAGAUCCAGGAGCAGCAGUUCGGCAGGUAAUUGGUCAGAGGCACCGGGUUUUCUUUUGGCGGCGGCGGCAUUACGUGGAGUAACGGGCGGAGUGGGGGAGGGGCAGAGCGAAGGGACCGGAAGGGAUGUCGAGGGAGGGGGAUGCGGGGGGGGGCUGUGGGCGAAGAGCUUACGGCCGCGGCCGGGGGGGGGGGGGCGCCGGGGGGGCCGAGGCGCCAGGGAGAGACAAUGAAGGGCAGCUGCUGAGGGAAGCGGCGGAGCAGAAGGACGGCGUCUGUGAGGAUUGGCGCUCAAGCCGACUUCGGACCGGCGUGAGGCGUUAAGAGCCAGCUUCGUGGAGGAAUUCGGGGGCACCCAGAGGAAUAAGGGUUUACAAACGGACCCUGAGCUGCGAAGCCGCUGAAGCGGGCCUUGGGAACCUUAGGCCUCUCCAAAAGUUGCUGAACUACAACUCCCAUCACCCCUGGCUCUUCGCUGUGCUUGUUGGGGCGGAUGGGAGUUGUUGUUCAGCAGCAUCUUGGGGGGUCAAAGGUUCUCCGCUCCUGCUCUAAGGAAGCCAGUGUUUCGAAGAACUGCUCUCGAGGAAGUUAGCUGUUCCUUCAGUGGUUCUGGCCGGUAAACAAAGUAUUAAAGAAAAGAAUCCAAUGAAAGGAUGGUGUUCAUGAAGGCAACGUUUUGUGAGGCUAAAGAGCCAAUUCUAAAUAUGCAUAGGAUUUUACCGUAAACAUCAAGAGUUGAUUCUCUCUUAAUCAAUAUGUAAUUGCUUUUUAUGGGAAUUAAGUAUUUUCAGAAAUGUUGGGAAUGUUAACUUAGUUGUGAAGGUUGGUAGAGGUUCCUAGUGGUUUUUUUCUUAGUGGUUUGUUCUACCUUGUACUGUAGACGUUUUGGAGCAUGUAUUGCAGGGUUAUUUGUUGUUGAUGCUUAAAGUGUAAACAUUAGUACUGACUCCUUAAUAAUAUUGCUCUGUUGUGGGGUUUCUUUGUUAAGCACUGUGCAAAGAAAAAUAACACAACUUGACUGUAAAACAGUCAUCAUUUAGUCAUGUAGUCCAUGGUGGAAGUUUCAUUCACUGUGUAAACUCCUUGACUGGAAUGGAUGAGAAAUUUCAUUUAUUAAAAUGUCUAGCAUUUUAUGCAAACCACUUGGAUAAGCAGUAUACAAAUUCUGUUAAAUAAAUAGAGAAAGUAACCAAAGUGACACAUGAAGUAUACAGUCCACAAAAGACAAAAAAUAGAGUUCUCAAAGAUUCAGUUCAUCACAUGGUGUCAAAUCCCAUUGCUAAGUACUGUAGAAACAGUAAAAGAAAUACCAAAAUCAGUUAAAUCAUAUACUUCUGUUAUGUCAGGAUUUUUUUUUAGUACAAAAGUGGUUUUUUAAAUAGAAAAAUAGGAUAUAAUGAUACAUGCAGUCUGAGAUCAGUGCUGUAAUAGACAGAAGCAAGCUAAACUUGUAAACAACCGCAUUUCUUACUGUACUCUUUCACUUUCAGUUAGGAAGAUCUGAAAUUCUCCACUAUUACACAGUUAAGUGUCUCAGUGCAAGGCCCUGAAAAUUUUCAAAACCAUUCCAAAUGUCCAGUAGGAUGUCUGUCACUAGCCUUAUACACUAGCACCCAAAAAUCAGUACAGUAAACAGAAGAUACUUUAAUGAAGCAGUAUGUUAAUCCUUAAGGACACGGGUGGUGCUGUGGGUUAAACCACAGAGCCUAGGACUUGCCGAUCAGAAAGUCGGCGGUUCGAAUCCCCGCGAUGGGGUGAGCUCCUGUUGCUUGAUCGCUGCUCCUUCCAACCUAGCAGUUUGAAAGCACGUCAAAGUGCAAGUAGAUAAAUAGAUACCACUCUGGCGAGAAGAUAAACGGUGUUUCCGUGUGCUGCUCUGGUUCACCAGAAGUGGCUUAGUCAUGCUGGCCACAUGACCCGGAAGCGGUAUGCCGUCUUCCUCGGCCAAUAAAGUGAGAUGAGCGCAGCAACCCCAGAGUCGGCCACGACUGGACCUAAUGGUCAGGGGUCCCUUCACCUUAAUUAAUCCUUAAUUGUUAACUGUUUUCCUUCCUGUCUUAAAUCACCACAUCUAACCUAAGUUAGUUGAAAGGGUAUGUAUCCACAAGGCUUCCAUAGGGAGUAAUAUUGUAUCAAUAUCCAAACACAUCUAUGCCCAUGCCACCUACUGUACAGCAAUAUACUUUUUGUCCUUGAAUGAUGGUGUAUAGCAAUACGCCACAUGUGAGGCACAUCCAGCUUCCUAUUCCUAGUUGUGUUUGUACAGUACGCUGAAAUUCCUUUCUGUUCAUGAAUGAGCAAGUCUGCAUCCAAUGCUAUAUGUUAAUUGAAUGUUAUUGUGUUAUAUUAUUGCCAUUUGUUUUUAAUGUAUACCUAAUAUUGAGAUUCUGCAUAUUUUUCUUUAUUAGUGCAAAGUUAGGAAGCCAGCACAAUGGUGAAAUAAACUCAUCUGAGCAAGUGAACUCUUCAGAUGAUACAAUUACGUCUAUUGGGAAUCUUCAGAAUGAUCCACUAGUGCAGAAGAUAGAACAAGUAUUAUCAGAAGUGUUGAGUGCAGAGUCACAGUACAAACCAGGUACAUAAAAAUAUUUUAACCCUUGUAUAUAAUUUUCUUUCAAUGUGCACCUUCAGGUUGAAAUCUAAUGCUCUACAUUCUUCAGUGGAAUGAAUUCUGUCACCACUAUGGAACUUCCCCUUCAAAUUCUGUCCCCCUAGCAGUCCCUCAUGUGUCUGCAUCUGCUCUAGAGGAUUGUGGGAUCCUCUGGGGGGGAAUGGGGAAUCUCAGUGGGAGCAGAGGAAGAGGGGAAGUCUGUACUAUGUUGUCCUCAAUUUUAUUUUUAUUUUAACAGAAAGCUCUUCAAUAUGUUAUUUGUGCCAUCUGUGCUUUUUGGUCAGGCUUCCUCAAACUCGGCCCUCCAGAUGUUUUGAGACUACAAUUCCCAUCAUUCCUGACCAUUGGUCCUGCUAGCUAGGGAUCAUGGGAGUUGUAGGCCAAAUAACACCUGGAGGUCUGAGUUUGAGGAAGCCUGUUUUUGGUGGUUUUGGCAGUUUUACAGUUAUGUCUUUCAAAGUAUUCUGCUUACCAAAAAUGAGUUAAGUUAUUGAUCUUUUACAUUUGGAAAACUAGCAGUGUAUUGAUGUAACGUGUAAAACUAGUUAGAACAAGUAUAUAUAAAGUAUUUUCAUGUAAAUGUUAAAUUACGGCUGCAGCUCUCUAUGCACACUAGGGAGUAAAGCAUAUUGAAAUUACUGGGAUUUAUUUGUAAGCAAACAGAUUUAGGAUUGAGUUGUAAUUGCCAAAUUUAUUUACUAAUAGUAAAAUACGGUGUUAUUUUUUUCUGAUUAUUUGAAUGGGAUUCAAUGGGUUAUACGCAGCUAAGUAAGUUAGUUAAAUGUAUGUUUGAGUCUGACUUCAUUGAAUACAGCCCAAUGUGAAUGUGCUUAUUGUUGAUAAAGCUGGUGGUUAAGCUUUCACACAUUUCAUGUGUGUGAAGUCAUUGCCAUAUACCUAUGGUAUUAAAACACAUGUGUUUUUAAAGUUAAACGCACAAAACCAAUAUAUUGGACAAUAGCUGAUUUCUCAGAUCACUGUUUUGUUUUUUGUCACCUCAGCUGCUGAAUACAGUCAUACCUUGGGUUGUGAAUGUGAUCCGUGCGGGAGGCGCGUUCGCAGCCUGAAGCACCGCGUCUGCACAUGUGCAUGACGCAAUUUGGUGCUUCUGCGCAUGUGCCUGAUGUCAUUUUGUGCUUCUGCACAUGUGCGAGUGCCGAAGCCCGGAAGUAACCCAUUCUGGUACUUCCUGGUUUGGCACGGUCCGCAACCUGAAAACGCGCAACCCGCAGCGUUCGUAACCUGAGGUAUGACUGUAAUUUCUUUAAAAGAUACUGCACAAUUUACUCUGGUCUAAUGUGAAUCAUUUGACUUGCGUUUAAUUAUUUAAAAACUAUUAUCAUUCAUUUAUCUUUUGUAGAAAAUUAACAUAACGCCUGAAUAGUGAGACCUCAGACAUGGUGUCAGAACCCAAGUUCCAGAAGUAUUAAUGCAGUUAUGGUAAAUUGUACCAUAAAAUAUUAUGGGCGGACUAAAUUAAUCUUAUAUAACCCUGGUAUCUUACUCCUAAUAGCAAACUCAGGUAUGAGUGUUGACAUCAAAAUAGAACCACUGAUAAACAAGAGGAAUAUAUUGGCAUGCUCAGGAAAUCCCCAAGGCUUGCAGAAGUACAAAAAUAUUUUUAAAAACCAGUGACACCUAAGGGGGCAACAGUCUGCCCCCCACUCAACAGUGCAGUGUGGUCUGACUAUGCCAAGUAAUCAUGGAAGUGAAUUGUCAGUGAGAAAAGUAAACUGCUGAAUGGGGUGGGAAUGGAAUGUAGUAUCCUGAAGCUGGGCAUGGCUGGCUUCCUGGCUAGAACCCCAAACAGGAACAAUCCUGUUAGUUGAGGAUACACCACAAUGUUUUGCUGCAGGUCUUACUUAUAAACUUCCGCUCCUCAACUUAAAUCACCUCUCUUCUUUUCAUACUGAUGUAUUUUUUUAAAAUUAGUGUUAGAUUGACUGGUGAAAUUAAAAUUUGCAAUAUUGAUUAAGUCUAGCUCCCUGCUCCUUUGUAUAUAAGAGGAUCUGAGGGACAACUUUGUUUUUCCUUUUGAAUGAGCCACAGUUACUUGUUACAUUAGGGACAUGGGUGGCGCUGUGGUCUAAACCACUGAGCCUAGGGCUUGCUGAUUGGAAGGUCAGCGGUUCGAAUCCCCGUGACGGGGUGAGCUCCUGUUGAUCUUUCCCAGCUCCUGCCAACCUAGCAGUUCGAAAGCAUGUCAAAGUGCAAGUAGAUAAAUAGGUACUGCUCCGGCGGGAAGGUAAACGGCAUUUCCAUGCGCUGCUCUGGUUUCGCCAGAAGCGGCUUAGUCUUGCUGGACACAUAACCCGGAAAAACUGUCUGCGGACAAACGUCGGCCAGUAAAGUGAGAUGAGCGCCGCAACUCCAGAGUCGUUCAUGACUGGACUUAACUGUCAGGGGUCCUUUACCUUUACCUUUUUAUUUGUUGCAUUAGAACUUGGAGAAUUUGUUUAUUCUGAUUGUGAUUAGUUAAAUCAAACAUGGUUUGAUAUCCUAGGGUUGUUUUUUUAAAAAAAAACACAACAACACUAAAUACACUGAAUAGUUGUAUGACAUAUUUAGAUUCUGUAAAAAUGUGUUCUUAUAGCAGAGCUUGCCAAACUUUUCAAGCUAGUGGCACAUUUUUUCGACAUGCCACAUUUCGUGGCACAGUAAUUCAGUUUUACUAGCAAACUUGAGGUUAAACUAUCGUAUUUUUCCAUGUGUAAGAUGCCCUCAUGUAUAAGACUACCCUUAUUUUUAAACCCAAAAUUAAGAAAACAAAACACCAAAAUAGAAGUGAAAAUCUGGAUGAUCUGCGGUGGCAAGUUUAUGUUGUUUUUGGCAAUUGCCUUCAAAGUUUUCAGCAUGAGGUGCAUGCAGUGCGCCAUGGUGCAGAAGCAAAGGCAGCAGCUGGGGCACCACAUGCUUUCCUUCGGUGGCAGCUGCUGCAGCGGGGAAGCAAGGGGAAGGAGGCUCCCAAGCAGGAUACUGAGGAAGAGCUGGGGCAAGGCAGUGGCCACUCUGUGCCGGGCCAUACCGUUGAGCAAACUGAGCUGAGGAAGGUGGUGAGUCGGUUGGGGGCAGGGUGGGAGUUUGAGAGGGGAAGAAGAAGAAAAAAGGAAAGAAGGGCAAGGAGAGGUAGUUGAGGCAGCUCUCAGCAGCGAUGGUGGCAACUGCUCUUGCUCCGGUGGUCGAGCCAGCGGGGGCUUCAGGAGGCGAGCCAGUCACCAGCAUGCAGCCCGGAGGGGGAGGAGAAAGGGGGGACGGCAGCAGGAGGGACCACCUCAGCCCACCCAAGCCAAAAUCCGAGACAUAUGCUUAAAUAUUUAAUAAAUCCUCCCCAGAUGCCCAUGUUCCGUGCAAGAUGACCCCCAAUUUUUUACUAAUUUUUUUUAGCAAAAAACCUUGUCUUAUACAUGGAAAAAUAUGGUAACCCUUUCCAGCCCCAGGAGGACCGCGGGGAGCAUUUGUGCGACACACUUACACACUGCAGCUGACACACUAAUGCGUCACAACACACAGUUAGGAAAGCUCUGUUUUAGAGUUACAUCAGGGUUAUCAGGCAUGUAUAGAUUUGCAUAAAAAGUAACAACAACUGAGCAAUUCUAACCUUGCUGAAGGGUGUUAGGAUGGGUGGAUGCGCAAGUUUGCUGGAGCAGCAUUUUCACCCUGGAGGCCCCUGCCUGAUACAUCCAUUGAAAGCUCCACAGGCAUCUAUCGACUCUUGGUGGUAGAAGCCAAACAGGCAUUCCAGGGGCUGAUGCACCUAUGGUUCAGGUCCCUCCUCUUCUGUCCUAGCAUGGAGCUGGUGUAGCUAUUUUCCCUCUUGUUGGUGCCUGUUAGCACACACAUAUUUAUUAACAGGCAUUUUCUGGUAAAUGUUGUUUCUUGCACACAAAGCCAUCAGAUUGUAUUGUGCAAGUAUUUCUGUUUCGUAUUGAUUUAUUAUUUUGUUGUGCUUUACAAUACUUUGUUGUAUGGCAUUGACUCCACCGUGUAUAUCUCCUGAUCCAUUUCUGAAACUCAUCAAUGUUUAAGCUGCACUCCUAAACAGACUUACUGGAUAGUAAGGCAAAUUGAAUAUAGUGUGAUCUUUUUCUGAGUAAGCAUGUAUAACAUAGGGGACCCACCUACUUAGACCCACCAGGCCAUUUGGGCCAAACCAUGCCCACUUUUCCUGUGGCUGAUGUCAUGUAUGAUGGGUGCAGAAAAAUUCAAGCUUUUAAAUCUAAAGGGGUUGGAUCUAGAGAGAUCGUUGAAGAGUGUGAGAGGAAGGUGCUUUUCCUGCUAUUUCUAGUUAUUAGAAACUCUCAAAAAUGUUUUAGGGAAAAUUGAUCCUCACAAAAAGUUGAUAGAAGCACCAUCACAGAAGGUUCCUUGGCCCAAUUUUCUGCUAUCUCCCUCUUCCUCGUCAACCCUUUAUGCCAUAGCCUGUCUCAUUCAACAGGGUCCCCUUAGCCUCAGGUGAGCUUUUUUGAGGGCCUGGGGCAUGCCUGGGAAAAGAUGGGACAGGGAUUCACUUUCCAUCCAUCCCUUUCUGUGAGUAGAUCUCUGCGUACAGCCCAGCACAUUAUUGGUUAUCUUAAGUUAUAAUAUAUUUUGGUUACCAAGAGUUGUGCUAUGUUGUGCUUUCAUAUUCUCUUCUUUAAACGUCAAUUCUGGUAUUUGUUUUAUUUUUCCAUUUCUUAUAAGCUCAUUUAUUAAUAAUAACCUCUUGAAUAAGACUGUAGUAUUCCAUACAGUUCAAGAAGGCAAAUUUGAAAAUAUUUUCAAUUUGUACCUGGGUCAAUGAAGUUCUUUAUUUCAUAGUUACAUCUAAUUUUUUGGAAACCUGAAGUUUUUUUAAUGUAGUGAAAUUUGUAAUCCAAGAGAUGUUACACUUGUAUCACAUGGGCUAUGAGAAGCACCGCAGUUAUGCAUUAAGUAGGUGAAGAGUGAAGAAGAGUAUUAGCUUUUGCUUGUGGCAUCCAUUCUUAGUUUGACAUAGAUGUACCUUUGUACACCAACCUGUUCUGUUAUACUCUGUAAACCGCCAUGCAUACUAAUGGUGCUGUGUAAUUAUCAAUAAAUAGUAAUAAAGGAUUGGAUCCAGAAUCUCAUGAAUGGAAUUCUUCUAAUGAGACCCUAUUCCCAGAGGAAGGGAUAAGGGAAUUUUAACUGAUUCCUUCUUCUCCUUUACUUCUCAAAAAGCUGUCCUGUAGAGUUAGGCGAAACCCCCAGGACAGAUUUAAGGGAGAGGAGAAGGAGGGGAUGUUCUGUUGCAGAUCUCGAUGUCCUUGUGCUGAUGGAGCUACUUUGCUGGAUACCUCCCGCUGUUUAUAUAUAAAAAAGAAUAUUCCAGUUAAGCAAGGACAAUGUGCGUGUUCAUUCUGUGCUUAAUUAGAAAUUGUAUAUGUAGAUUCUAGUGCUGGACUGUUUCCCAAAUCCAACGUAUGAUACAUCACUGGAGAUGUGAAGACCUGGAAAAAUUGGGGGAGAAAUGGUUCCUCCUCAUUUGUUUGGGCAUCUUUUCGGGCCUUUACAUCACUAUUCUAUUCAUACUGUGUGUUGAGUACAAUUGAGGUGAUUGAUGCUGCCAACUUUGACUAUGUCAGUCACCUGUUCUAAAUGUAGUUGAAUAUGCAUUUUUAUUUAUCUGGAUUCUCCCCUGUGUUAGCUAUACUUGAAAUGGAGGAAUCAGUGGGCAUGGAGAAAGGUAAUCUUGCUUGAGCACCUUGAUUUAAAGCUAUAAUUUUGUAGUAAGUAUUUUCUACAUUUGAUCAAAAAGGAUCUAGUUUGUACAUGCAACAUAAUUUUUCAGAUUAUAGCUACAGCAAAAAUGUUGGGAGUUUCUUGCUCAGUCUUCUGAAAUCUGGCUUCUGAUUUUUAAUCUUAACACAAUUUUUUUUCUUUUAUUAGAUGGUGGCGAGGAUACAGUGAGAAAUAAAUCUCACUCUACUAAAAGAGGCUUAUCCGAAGAAGUAGAAGAUGAAAUUCCAAGGAAAAAGUCUAAGAAGGAUAAGAAACACAAAGAUAAGAAAAAGAAGAAGAAAAGGAAGAAGGAGAAAAGGGAGAAAAAAUAUAAAAAGCAACCCAAGGAAUCAAAACUAAAUGAGCAGCAUAAAGAAUGUGGAGAUACGCAGUCCAUUUCUCAUUCAAAAUCAGAAAGCUCGAGCUCCGUACCAAGUGCAGAAGAUGUAGAUCUACAGCCUGUAUCUUCUUCGAAACAGACUUCUGGGUGGCUUCUGGAAAAAACUGUAUGUGAAAACCUUAAUUUAGCCACGUCAAAUUCACAUAAUGCAAAUAAUUCAGUUAACAGCAAACUGGAUACAACUAGAGAUUCUACUUUAGCCAAUAUUCAAGAACUCCAUGAAGUCAAGCUUACAAAUGAGAGAGAAUUGGAAAAUAACACCUACCAACCUACCAACGUAGCUUUGAAUUUGUGCAUAGGGAAUGAAUCUUUAAAUAUUGCUGAUGUUGAAGGUAGAGUGGCUAACAUAAAAGAAUACAAACAGCCUGAAGCUAGUUUGACAUUGGAGGCUAUGGAAGAAACAAGUGCUCCUGAAAGCAGUCCAAAGUCUGUAGCAGUACAACUGGAAUAUUUGGAAACAAGUUCAGCAUCUGACACAAUGGAGGUAAAAGAUUUGGACUCUGUCUCAGAAUCUUUCAAUCCUGAAAUCUUGAAACAAGCAGUAGCAACUUCAUUUGAAACUGCUGGCUGUAAUUUCACCAACCUUCCCUCAGAGGCAGCUGCAGAAGCCAAAGAUUCAGUGACAACUCUGGGGUUUUUGGCUAUGGUGGUAGGAAAAGAUUUUGAAGCCACUUCAGAAUUUUUGAAUACAGCAAAAGUGAAAGCUUCUGAAAUAAGCCCCGAUCAGGCUACCUUUAUGGAUAUGAAAGAGGAUUUACUGCAUGACUCUGAGAGCAUCGUCACAGUGAAAGAUCUGCAACUGAGUCAACAGCUUGAGUCAACAGCAGCGUUGAAAGACUUGGAAGCAGCUUCAGAAUCUCUGCAUACAAUCUCUGAAAAAUAUUUUGAACCAGCUGUAGUAACUAAACUGAAGCAUCAUCAAGAAGAAUUAAAAAUAAUUACAGAGUUGGAUGCCCAGAAAUGCACAGCAGCAACCCCUGAUGUUGAGACAAGGGCAGGGGUGAAAGAAUUAGGAGCAGCUCAAGCUUCGCCAGUCCAGACAACAUUGAAUGAUGCAGAAAAACAUCAAAUGCUUUUGCAAACUGUAGCAGAUGCAAAAGAUGCACCAGAAUUAGAGGACAUGAAAAGCACAGAUUCAACUUUAAAAGUGAGGACUAUGGAAGUUGGGGAGAUGGACAUGAGAUGCUUAAAAGCAAAAUCUAAACGUAUAACGGAAAUGGGAAAGUGGAUUGCUGUGCCAGAACCUCUUAGAAUGAAGGGUGUGAAGAAUCUAGAUAGUUCUCCAGAAUUUGAGGGAGAUAGGCAAGUGAAUUAUUUGGGAACUCCCCUAGAAACGGUGGUAGGGAAGAGCGGAGCGUCAGGAAUUACUGAAGAUUCUGAGGCAGCGAUUGAUGUACAAGUUCCUGAAAGCAUUUCACAAUCUGAAGCUGUUCUAAAUAUUAAUAAUUUAGAAAUGGCUCCAGAGAUAGUAAAAACACAAUAUCUGGAAGCUUCAAAACAUGUGGAUGUAAGAGAAAGUAAUACUGUGGGGAAUGUAAAGGAUUUUGGAAGAGUUCCAGAAUCAUUAAUGACUGUGAAAAAUUUGGACAGCAUUUCAGAAUCUCAAUACACAAAAGAAAUGAAAAGUGCAAAAGACAUUUUUCGACUUGAUGCAGUAACUCAGAGAAAAGAUUUAGAAACUAGUCUAGAGACAGAAGAAGAGCAAGAGGAGAGAGAGAUGGAUGCUACUUCAGAUUCACUGCAUAUGAUAUUUACAAAUUAUUCAGAACAGAGCCUAGAACCUGAUACAGAAUCUGAGAUUAUGAUGAAGUUGAAAAGUUCAGAAAAUGUUCCUGAGUCACUGCACAUGGUGGAUGCAAACAAAUUUGAAGCACUACAAACUGGGGAAAUCCAAGGCAUUAAAACUGUAGAUCCUGAAACAAUAGUUGAGUUGAAUGAUUUACGUAAAAAAUUAAAACCACUGGACAGAGAGGUGAAAAAUAUGGAAGUAACUUCAGUGCCACCUGGAAAGUAUUCUGAGAUUCCUGUAGCAUCUGAAACUGUGGCCAAAAGCAAAAGCACUGAAACUGAAUCUCACCCUGUGCCCCGAAUACAGGAGAAGCCUUCUGAUGCUAUAGCGCACAUGGAGAAAAAUCAGAAUGGUGCUGAGGCAGCUGAUUUGAAAACUUUACCAAGAUAUCAGAAACUAACUAAAGAAGUAGCUGUAGGAAUAUCUGACCAUAAGCUGCGUGCUGAGAGUGAAGGCUCAUUACUCAUUUCAAAAUCUCUGCAAGAAAUGGAUAUAGUAAGUUCAGAAGGAAUUCCAGAACUGGAGGAUGUAGCAGUGAUACAAGAAUUAAAAGAAACAACUGUGGUGGAUGUGAGCAGGCCUAAGGAACCCUUAGCAUUGAAGAAUUUGCCAUCAAUUCCUGAUUCUCAUGCAGAACAAAAUCUAGAACAACUCCAGUAUGUGAAGACAAAAAUCAGGGGAGUUGGUUUGGAUUCUCUGUAUUCUUUGGAAGUUAAAUAUGCAGGAACAAGUCCAGAGUUUCUGUUUUCAGAGGAAUUAACUAGUCAGGAAGAGAAGCAGAAAUUGGAAGAAAGGACAGAAUCAAGAGGAUUUACAGAUCCAGAAUCUCUCUGUGUAUCAGAGAAAGAGAAGAUUAUAGUUCUAGAAUCUGACGAGAUUAACAAAGUAAUAGAUUUGGAACACAGUCCAGAAUCUAUGCAUGUGACAGAAACAUUUUCAAAGACCACCCUAACACCUUUCUAUUUGAUUCAAGCAAAAGAUUCAAAAACAGCUUCAGAAUCUACAAUCAUAGACCUAGAAGCUGAUUUAGAAUCUACUGUUCAAGCAGGCAUAGAAAUUGCAAAUGAUCCUCCAAAACGUGAAUUGUUGUUAGGAUCAAUUUUGGAAAUUGCUUCAGAACCUCCCCACCAUAAUGAAAUGUCACGGUGCACACCAGUAUUACAAGUGUCAGAUGCAGAACCCAGAAGUGAAGCACUGGCAGGUACAGAUUUGGAAGCAGAUUCAGAAACUGUAUGUGUGAUUGAUACUGCAGAAUUUGAAGUAAAAAAACCAGAAAUGGCUCUAGCAACUUUGUUUGUCCCAGAUGCGUUAGAUAUAAAAGCAACUCCCAGCUUUCUCCAUGGAACUGACGAUAAAGGAUUAAAAGCGGCUAAAACAAUUGAAAUGGUGGUGGAUAUAGAAAAAUUGAAGGCAUCCUCUGAAUCUGUGCAUGUAUUGAAAGAUACAUUUGAACCCAUUCGCAUAACAGGUGUGAAAGAUUUAGAAACCAGUCGGAAGGUGGAAACAAAUCUAGCAUUUUUGGACAAAAACGAGAUGAAUAAUGUGCUCACAUCUACUCCCAAAUCUGAUGUGACUGGUUCAGAAACCUUUGAAAGAUGUAAACCAGUUUUGGGUGCACAUAUUUCAGAAGGCACGUUGACAACUGCAGAUAAAGCAGAACAAAAGGAUUUUGGAGUUCUAAAACCAGACACAAAAUUGGCAGUAAAAUAUUCUGAAUCUAUUUCUAAAUCUGCAACUGUUUCAGAAAGAAAGGAUAGUGACAAAACUCAGUCUGUGUUUAUGUUGGAUGUCAUAGAUUCGGGAGCAAGCUCCAGUACUUUAGAUACAAGAAGGAUGAAGAAUUCAGAAGCAGCUAUGCAGUUUGAAACAACAACUUCUAAACUCUGUGUGCCACAGGUGAGGGAUUCAGAUGGUGCUGUAGAAUCUAUAUCCAUACCUGAAGCAGAAACCAAAUAUUUAGGAAAAGCUCUAAAUUAUGAAACAGUAUUGGAAAUAAAAAAUUCAGUAGCUACUGCAGCACAACUAAAUACACCAGAAUUGAAGUCUUCAGAAUCAGUCUCUGUAUUAAAACUAGUUGACUCUACAGGAACCCGAGAACUGGAAAUUACUCCAAGAAAUCUAGGUACAGCAAAUUCAGAUUCUGGUACAAUUACAGGGACAGAAGUACUGGAAAUAAUAGGCUCUCAGAAACAUAGCAAAGCAGAAAGUACUUUGGAAGUAAAAUAUUUAGAAUCGGCUUCAGAAACAGAAUAUGCCCCUGAGACACAUCAGUGCAAAGCAGCUCCAGAAUCUGAAAGUGUGAUGAAAGAGAAAGUUUCAGAAACAACUUCAGCAGUUGUAGGUUUGGUCAAUAAGGAAGAUUUAGAAACUAUUGCAAAAUCUAAACAUGCUCAGGAAAAAACCUACUUAGAAACUCUUCCACAAUCCCUGUGCACUAUGGAGGCAAGUGAUUUGGAAGGAAGUGGCACAUGUGAAGAAGUGCUGCAUGUUUCAAAAACUACCCCUCAAUUUUCAAGUAUUGUGGAAGAAAAAAGUUCAGGAGCCACAAUAUCAUCUCUGGCUACAGAAACAGCAAAUGAUUCAGAAAAACAACUAGAAUUACAAAUGCGUUUUGAUGAAACAUGUUCAAGAACAGCUUUAGAACGUACAGAAAACGACUCUGAACCUACUGUAGAAAUAGCAUCUAUUGUGGAUGGCAAGAGUUCUGAGGCAAAUGCAGGGCUUAUGAAUAUAGUAGAGUUGAAGGACACUGAAUCCUUAUUAAAAUCUAAGAUUGCUCCAGAAUCAAUACACUCAAAAGAACCAGAAGAUUUUGAAGCAACCACUAAAUGUGAUUCUAUAGGGAAAGUAAAAGAUCUGCAAGUUGCCCAAACAACAAUGGGAAAAGAGAAGCAAAUGGAUUUUGAAGGAAUUUCAAAAUCUGUGUUAGCUUUGGGGACUCAGGAUUUGGAAAGAAAUUCAACUCCUAUUUUGUUGUCAGAAAAAAAGAUCUCUGAAGCGUCUUUAAAAUCUGCCGAUGCUCUUAGUACAAAAGAUUCGGUACCAGCUCCUAUGACUGCAGAGAACAUAGACAUUACAGAACAAAAUUCCAAAGUGAGGUGCAUGGCAGAGGUGAUAGAUCUGGAGUCAACUACAGAACAACAAGCUAAGAAUUCAGAAAUGAUUCCACAAUUCACUGUGGAGGCGAAAACUUCAGAAGCAACUUCAGAGCCUUUGCACAAGCCAAAGGAAAAAGACUUAGAUGGAAUGAAACAAGUCUCUUUGGAGGAACAAGGUUUAAAGGCAGCUAUAAAAUCUGUAAGUGCAGCAGCAGAAAACCUGAAAUCAAACCAACAAUUGUUGAAAGAUUCAGAAGCAUCUCUUGAACCUUUGCAAAUGGCCAAGGAGAAGGAAUUGGAAGUAACUCUACAGGAUUCUUUGAAGGAUCAGGAUUCAGACACCGCUCCAAAGUCUUCUGAUAUAAUGAAGGAAAAGGAAGAAAAUAUUUUAAAAGACAAGAAAAGUGAAAAAGUAAGCAGCAAAAGUAAAGAUAAAAGUAAGAGUGGGAAAAAAGCAAAAAGGAGUCGAUCAAAAUCUCCUUCUAAGUCUAAAAAACGUAAAAAAAAAUCUAGAUCACGUUCCACCUCUAGACAGGUAGCAUCAAGAAGAGCACGUUCUAGAAGUAAGAAUGAUUCUCGUUCGAGAAAAAAGGACUCUACCUCACGUCAUAAAUCUAGAUCAAAAUCCUCUGACAAAAAAGAGAGCAAAGAAUCUUCAGUAAGGUCUAGGCGGAGACGUUCACGGACUUCUGAUCGGCUUAAAUCUCGAUCAAAGUCUGUUGACAAGAGAGAAACUUCUGUAAGGUCAAGGCGAAGACGGUCCAGAUCUUCUGAUCAUCACAAGUCUAGAUCCAGAUCAGUUGACAGAAGAGAAUCGGUCAGAAGAAGGCGAAGAUUGUCACGAUCAUCUGAUAAUCACAAGUCUAGAUCCAGAUCAGUUGACAAAAGAGAUUCUUUGAUAAGAUCAAGGCGGAGGCAGUCUAGAUCUUCUGAUCGUCGCAAAUCCAGAUCACGAUCAACUGACAAAAGAGAUACCUCGGUGAGGACAAGGCGGAGGCGUUCUCGGUCCUCAGAUCGUUGCAAAUCCAGAUCCAAAUCUGUUGACAGAAGAGAGUCUUCAGUAAGAACAAGGAGAAGAAAGUCCAUAUCCUCUGAUCGCCAUAAGUCUAGAUCCAGAUCAGCUGAUGACAAAAGAAAAACUUCAGUGAGGUCAAGGCGGAGACGGUCCAGGUCCCCUGAUGUUCGCAAAUCUAGAUCAAGAUCAGUUGACAGAAGGGAAAUUUCAGUGAGGACAAGGCGAAGGCGGUCUCGGUCCUCUGAUCGUAAGUCUAGAUCCAGAUCAAAUGAAAGAAGGGAGAGUUCUGUGAGGGUAAGGCGAAGGCGGUCCCGAUCCUCUGAUAAUCGCAAAAGUAGAUCCAGAUCAGUCGACAAAAGGGACACUUCAUUGAGAGUAAGGCGAAGGCGGUCCAGAUCCUCUGAUCGCAAAUCUAGAUCUAAAUCUGUUGACAAAAGGGAGAGUUCAUUGAGGACAAGGCGAAGAAAGUCUGUGUCUUCUGAUCGCAAAUCUAGAUCUAAAUCUGUUGAUAAAAGAGAGACUUCAUCCAGGGGGAAAAGGAGACGGUCCAGGUCUGCUGAUAAUCGCAAAUCUAGAUCCAGAUCUGUUGAUAAAAGAGAUACUUCCAUCAGGGCAAAAAGGAGACGGUCCAGGUCUUCUGAUAAUCGCAAAUCUAGAUCCAAAUCAGCUGAAAACUUAGAAACUUCAUCAAGAUCAAAAAGGAGACGAUCCAAGUCGGCUGAUAAUAAAUGUAGAACAAAAUCUACUGAAAAAGAAGACCCCUCCCUAAAAUCCAGACACAGAAAAUCUAAGUCAAAAUCAAAGUCCAGAUCCAAAUCACCUGAAAGAAGAAAAGAUAAAGACUCUUCAGAUGUUUCAGGAAGAAAACGCUCCAAAUCUAGAUCAAAGUCCAAAUCGCUUGAAAAAACAGAGGGAACUGAAUCUGUGGAAGCACCUAAUCAUACCAAGUCUCCUGAAUAUCAUAAAUCUAAAUCUAGGUCUAAAUCUUUGGAAAAAACGGGAGAGAGAGACCCUUUGCGAAGAUCAAGGAGUAAAGGCUCCAAGUCCUCUGAACCAUCUCGUAGGCAUAGAACAGCAUCACGAUCUAGAAAAAACCGUUCUCGAUCAGCAACACGGAAGAGGUCCUCAAGAUCAAAAUCUGAUCAUCGCUCUCAAACACGUUCCCGAUCUCGCUCCCGAUCAUGUUCAAGACGAUGGAGGAGGACUAGAUCAAGAUCUGUGUCAAGACAAAGGUCUUUAUCCAGGGAAAGGCGUAGGAGAUCUCGGCGAAACCGGUCAAGGUCUAUUGACAGGAGGAGGAGGAGGUCUGAUUCAAGAGACAGCUAUAGAAUACCCCUCAGAUUACGAUCUCGAAGUCGAACACCUGUUCGUCCAAGAUGCUCCAGAUCCACAGGGAGAAGACGGAGCACCAGUAUAUCACCUGAUCAUCGAAGAUCCAGAACUUCAAGCAGGUCACCUAAGCGGCUGACUGACUUGGGUAAUUAAUAUUCAGCAAUUUGUUACAUAGAUAAUGUUAUGAACAUAAAUUGGUAUCUCUUAAUUUCUCGGGUUUUUCUAAGAUUCCUUUAUUUUGAAACAAUUUCUUUUAAGUGUUGUUAAAGAGGGACAUUCCAAAAGUGGCAGCCUGCUUGUGCAACAGAAUUCUGCUCACACGUAUCAGGCUCCUCUUUCCUGCUCUCUCCUUGCAUCUCCCUGCACAGCUUCAAAAUCUGCUCUGGAAGCUUGGGGGACCCUUUGCAGUAGAGGAACGGGAAGUCCUGUUUCAUCUGCUGGUACAAUGUUGGAUAUUUCCCAGUGUCGGUAUAUUUCACAAACCAAAACUUACAUACGUGUUAUUGUAGAUAAUUUUAAUGCCCAUGCUGAAGAAAUGAGAAAUAUUUUAAAAUAUGGAUGGGGAACAUGUGGCCCUCCAAAUGCUGUUGGACAAAUUUACAGCUGAUGCUUUACUGUCGCCCUGCUUGCUUGCUCACUAGUACUGGAAGGGGGCAGGGAAAACACUGGGUUGGUGGUAGAGCAUGUUCCAAUGCACACAUACUUGGCACCUGCUGCCAGUCCAGGGCUCUCGCUGUCACCUUACCUCUCACAUCCUGUCAGGUGGUACAGGGGGCUGCUCAGUGGCAGUGCCGCACUUCACACACGGUGACUGUGAAACCUCAGCUCCCAUCAGCCAUGACUCGGCGGAUGAUGAAACUUGUGGUCCAACAACAUCUGGAAAACCAUAGGUUCUCCCUUCCUGUUUUAAGAUAGCUGAUUGUGCAAAGUGAUCAGUUCUGUGAGUUUGUCUGAAUUGGUUUCAGAGAUAGGAGAGGAAACGCUUUUAGGACUGAAUCUUCCAUUACUUGAGUGUUCUUUAGAAUAGGAGCCAGGCAUAUUUCCAAGUUCUAAGUGCAGUUCUGGAAUUCUAAGUGCGGUGUAGGAAUUCAUCCUGAGAAUGGACAUGAUACGAAGUAAUAAAUAAAUUCUUAUUUUUGUAGACAAGGCACAGCUACUUGAAAUAGCUAAAGCAAAUGCAGCUGCCAUGUGUGCGAAGGCUGGUGUUCCUUUACCGCCAAGCCUGAUGCCUGUUGUUACUCCAGAAAAGAAGGAAGAAAAGGUUGCGCAAAAGUCUGCAAAAGAGACAAUAUUGGAACUCACUGAGGUAAGAGAAUCAAAUGAAACUUGCAACUAUUACUAUUUCAAUAUAAAAUGCAACAUUUAUCCAGUAAGAUACUAAAAUCUGUUUUAAAAUUGCAGGAUUUCUAGAUAACUUAAUGAGGGAUGUGGGGUAGAGAUAAAACAUUUCUGGAAAUUUUAAAGCUGUGGGGGAAAACCACAUCUUUUCUGUAUGUUUUUUGGGGGACAAUGACAUAUGUUAAAUCCUUAUUUCCUUAUCAAUGUAAGCUUCUUCAAGGCAUUUGAUAGAGUAUGUUGAUUUUGCUGUCUACUGAUGGCAUGCUUUUGCUGCUGCUUUAUUGGGUUGGUUUUAUAUGUUGUAUGGUUUUUAUUACAAUGUAUUCUUUUUUCCUGAUUUUAUGUUGUUUUUUAUGCUCUUAAAAAUGGUAGGUUGCUUGGAGAUUCUUUAGGUGGUAAAUGAUUAAUAAUAAUAAUAAACAACUGCUCAUUAUUUACCACACAAAUGUAUCACUUAUAACUUAGAAUAUAAAACCAUAGCAUCUUGCAUAUUUAGAAAAUUUAAAACUAUAAAUGCCUUUGUUUUAUAGAAACAGAAACUGCAGAUAUACCCAAAUGUCAUAUACUGUUGUACCUCGGCUCCUGAAUGCCUUGGGAGUCUAAAGUUUCGGCUCCCAAACAAUCGAAAACCGGAAGUGAUUGUUCCGGUUUUCGAGCAUUCUUUCGGAAGCCGAAUGUCCGAGGGGGCUUCUGCAGCUUCCUGCAGCCAAUAGGAAGCUGCACUUUGGAAGUUGAAAGUUUUGGAAGGCAAACGGACUUCCGGAACAGAUUCUGUUCAGCUUCCGAGGUACGACUGUACUUCCUUUUGGUGGAUCUUAGUUGCAGCUUAUUUUCCGCCCAGGUUUUCAGAUUUCAGGCUUCACACCCAUAAUAGGUCUCUUCUGCUUUCUGCCCAAUCUUGUACUGAUAUUUUUAUCCUCCAGGAAGCAAGGGCGAUAAACUGCUUGUUUCUCACUCUGAGCAGCGUGUCUGUGUCACAGGCAUUUCAGGUGAGAGGUGGACCACUUGGUAGGGGCUUUGUUGCUUUGCCUUUGGCAUAUGACGCUAUUUCAGUUUAGUGAUGGGCAUAGUAAAACUGAAUUAGUCUUUAUGUGCUAUAAGAUAAAUCCAUUUAUAUUGGAAGCCAGCCAGAUGGCGUAGAUCUUCUGCACGUGAUAAUUUCACAGCAAUCUCAGUAGUAUCUGUUGUAUUAGGACUAUGGUCUUGCAGGUAUAAUGGAUAUCAUUUCCAGGUCUGGUCUUGAAUACGGUGCUGUUACCAAGCAGUCAAAGUCUUUGAUUCCCAUAAUUUUCAGUAUUUGGUAACUGACGUUAUAUAGAUUUAGUUGCUCAACUGUUGCCUCAUUCCUAUUAUUGUGGUGAUUAUUUUUUUAAAAGAAAUGCAAGAAGAUUGCACAAAGCCAGGAAGAUGAUAUUAUUGUGAACAAGCCUCAUGUGUCUGACGAAGAGGAGGAAGAGCAUCCUUUUAUCAACCAUCCCUUUAAACUUAAUGAGCCCAAACCUAUUUUCUUCAACUUAACUGUGAGUACUGCAGAAUUGCAGCGUCAAACUCUUUAUUUGAUAAUUUUAUAGAAAAUAAUUGUGACAAAUGAGACUUAGUAAUAAUGGUUUAUUAUAAAAUUAUUGCUUCCAAUUAAUGUUAGAGCAACCAAUCGUGCUAUAAUGUAUAACAUUAACAACCAUGUUCAACAACUUUUGAAAAAUGUUUGACUGCAAUAGUUAAUCCUGUUUAGACACACUCUAAAUUGCUUAGGAAAUGGCUUUUGGAGCUGAAUUGCAGAUGUUCAAACAUCUAUCUAAUUAGUAUUGAAUGCACAAGCAUUUUACAUUAGUGCUAUUCACAUGUUUACUGAUGUAGAGGUCAGUUCUGUGGCAACAGACAUGGGUUGGUGCUUCGACUCCAGUCCAUGAUGUUGCAUCCCUGUUUCCACACCAUCCUACAUUUGUUUGUUAAGUGUAGAGGCCUCCAUUUGGAGCAGCUUUACUUGUUUCAUAAUUGCAAGAGUUUUAGCUGUUUUUAAAUUGUAUGUUCUUGAGACAGAUGGAUGCCAGUUUAACAUUCUAUUGUUGUAACCUACCUGGGACCUUACGAUGAUGAAAUCUUAUAAGAAAUCUUAGAAAUAAAUGCUUAUGAUUAUAAUACUCUCCCCCCCCCCUUUAAGACUCCUACUAUAAAACCGGCAGCUCCGAAAAAUCAGGUUACUUUGACGAAGGAGUUUCCUGUCUCUUCUGGAUCUCAACACCGGAAAAAAGAAUCAGAUAGUGCGUAUGGAGAAUGGGUUCCAGUUGAAAAGAACAAGGAUGAGAACAAGGACGAUGUGUUCCCCAACCCAGCCAAUCUGGAGGUAAAAAGCAGAAAGAUCUUAAUACAUGGAUACCUAUUCAUUACCUUAUAGAUACAUGAGUAUUUAGAAUCUACAGCUCACUUAAAAAUCAUGGUCGUGUUUAAUAAAAACAUCAUAAAGUUAUGAAAUCAUAAACAGAACAGAUGACAAACACAGAAUCAGAUUCUCUAAAAAUGCUUGAUGAAACAGAUACAAAUAUGUUCCCCUGAAAGAAAUAAGAGCUACUGGCAAUCUUUGAAAAGCAAUUUGUAGAAUUUAGACAGCACUCCAGAGAACAUGCAGAGGCAUAUUUAAAGGAUUGGUGUGCCAUCAGAGGAGAUUCUGAUUUAGCAUCAGCACUGUUCCUUGUGCUGUGUUUCAAACUGUUUUUGAAGCUCCCUGUGUUCAAAAUUGGCUUGCCAAACCAUGCCUGUAGCUGUCAAGGGAGUGGGGUGCGGGGAGGAAGACCCUCUGUAUGCACAGAAGUCAUUUGUAUGUCCAUCUGAAUUAUAGUCCUAUUUUUAGUAAUUUAAAAAGGAUAAAGCCCACUGCCUUUUCUUAUGUAUAUUCACUCCCAGUUUCUGUUUCUUGAUCAUGCAAAAGUGUUCAAAUUUUGGGAACUGCCUUCUACAUAAUUUUUAACACUCUCUAUGAAGGAUGCAUUGCCUUAGCUCUGGAGAUCUUCAAAACAGAUGAUAUCUUUAUUACUUUUUAGCCUGUGGACAUCUCGUCAGCACUGACUGAGCGGACCAUAGCCCAAAAGAGGCUUACAGAAAAUACAUUUGACAUGGAGGCAAUGUGUUUGUUAAAUCGUGCACAGGAACGGGUAGGUUGCAGUUUCUUUCUUGUUGAUCUCCCCGGAAAGGGAAAGUUGAAGACAUGUUGGGUUGGAGCCAGACUACCUGUGGGCAGAACGCAACCCAUGAGAUGCUGUGCUGGUGGAAGGGGGCCGUUUUUACCCAUUCCCCCUGCAACCCUCUGCGCCCCCUCAAAAGCGACUCUGAUGGGUUGUGGGACUCUCUAGAACAGCGUGGGAGGUGGCCCUGGGGGCUGCAGUGGGGAAAUUGGCAAAAAUCGCCUCUCCCUGCUCAUACACAGGUGGAGGAGCCUUUGAUGGAUCUCAGUCCCUUCCGUGAACAGAAGGCGCCUUCCAAAACAUAGAAGGACAGGUCUGGAUCCAACCUGCUGUGUUUUCUGAAAUCGUUUUACUGUUUCAUAUACUAGUGGCAAUAUUAAUUUUCAAAUUCCUUAUACUUUGAAGUUUAGUCUGAACUCACCAUAAUUCUGGGUAGAAUGUGGACUAGAAACAACCAAGUUAGCUUUUGUAUGUUCUAAACUUAGACUUCCAAACAUUGAAAGGAUGCUAUAAUUCCUUUUAUUUUUGCAAGUUAGAUUCCCAGUACAGUACCAUGCUUUGAAAUGAAGUGGUUUACAAAGAAAAAUGCUUCUGAGGUGAUUUUUUUCUUUUCUUUAAGGAAGUACCUGGAUAGCUCAGUUGCUUAGAGCGUGGUGCUGCUAAGACCCAAGGUUGCAGGUUCAAUCCCCAUAUGGGAUAGCUGCAUAUUUCUGCAAUUCUAUGAUUCUGAGCAAAAUAUGGUUUUUCUUCUCAGUUAAAGAAUGACACCACAAAAGAAACAUAGCAGUAGGUGAAGCGGCAUUAGCCGGUGGGAAUUUUCUCAGAACAUCAAAUUUUAAGUUAUUUUUAAACGGAUUAUGAUUCUACUGUGUACCAUGUAAAAGUAUAUAGUGGCUGUUGCUACUACAGUGCGUGUUUGCAUUUGGGAACUUAGUAAUUAAUUAUAUUGUUAUCUUCGUUUAUGGUUGCAGAUUGAUGCCUGGGCUCAGCUGAAUUCCAUCCCAGGCCAUUUUACAGGAAGCACUGGAGCACAGGUCUUGUCAUCAGAACAGUUAUCCAACAGCGGUCCCCAGGCUUGGAUUAAAAAGGUAGAUGAUAUUCAGACAGAUGAGUCCAAAUGUCACAUGAUAAAUUCCUUUGAAAUCACUGGAAGAAGUGACAGUGACCCACUUAGGACACUAAUAGCUUCCUAAAAUAGGUGCAGAAAAUAAAUGAGUUAAUUUACUUCUGUGUUCUGUCAAGAUGUGUUGCACUCUUGUUUUGGAAUCUGUAUCUACUAUGCCUAACUAGCUCUGUGUUAAUACUGGUUUCGUAGGUUACCUGUAGAAACUGGGAGAAUGAUCUAUGCUCACGUUUGAAAAGAGUUGUUUUAAUUACUCCCACGGUUACUGUUAUCUUGUGCUGAAAUUGUCCUGAAAUGCGGGGUACAAUUAAAUGAUGCUGUUCCAUUACUUACCUAGCCAAGAGAUCAAUCUGGUUGCGAUUUCAGUAAAAUUUUGACAGUGAAUUCAAUAAAUGAUUGCCAGAGGGCUGUAAAAAUCCACUUGCUUGCUUCUGUUGGCGGAGAGAUGAGAAUCUGAAAAUGGCAGGAGAGCUUUUUCUCCAUAGUUUAAUGUCCUUACCACUUGGUAAGAGGCAGGGGACUUAACUUUUCUCUCAUUUUGAGAGAGAGAGAGAGAGAGAGAGAGAGAGAGAGAGAGAGAGAGACAGGCCCCUAAUCCCUGCCUGAUCUUGCAGCACCAUCUGGAAGGACUGGACUUGCUUGAUCAGGUAUGAAUAGAGGAGGCUUUGCCUUAGGUUUUCCCGAAUUGUGGGGGUAGAAUCGGGAAAAGGCUUGUUUUUGUUGUCCUUCCUAAGGGAGAAUUAUUGGCUGGCUUGAUGAAGUUAGUAUUGGUGAGGGAUAGACAAGUUGAUCUGAGCAUCUUACACAAAUAUUAGAUGGAGGAGGGAAUUGCAGUCUGCUGAGCAAGGGAUUAGCAGAGUGUAUGUGUUGGUAGGGUGGGGGCAGAGGAAAAGCUGAACAUAUUUAUUUGCCUUUAAGUUAAGAAAGCAACAAAGGCAACAACAACAACAACAAAAAACGAUGCUUGGAUACUUCACUCACAGCUGAUUUUUAUAACUCAAGCCCUGACCUGCUUGUAGAACUUAAUGGUGUAUUUGAUGACUUUAAAGGGAGAAACAUCAAAGGUGCCUUGAACUUAUGAGUCAUAAUUUGUGCAGCUAGGUUUCAGAAUUGACUACGCAGUACUGGAGAGUUCAAAAGACUGGGGUGGAGUUAGCUUGUUUGCUUGGCAAGUAUAUUUUUACAGUCUCAGUGAAAAUUCUUUCUCCAUGUACACUCCUCCAACAGAAAAAAAUUUACCUUCUAGCUCUGAUUGGUUUUUAUGUAGCACUAUUUCUUGGAGCCAAUGGUUUGAAAAAUGGGCUGUAGUUGAGUCAAUAUAAGCGCUUAGAUACAGUAACCAGAGAGUUUUUUAACUGUAUUCUGUUGAUAAAAUGUACUAUACUCUUUUACACUUUUGUAAUUAAACUAUAUGGGAAAUACUGUAAAUAUAUUAUUAUCUGUAAAUAUUACCUGCUGAAAAGGUUUUCUUUGUGGAUAUAAAAGUGGGGAGCCAGGGGUAAUUAUGGAAUGGCAGCCGCCAUUUUAGCGAAGGUUUUGCUGAAGCUUCCAUUGUGUGUUUGUCUUUCAUCACCCAUGUACAGUUCACAAAAAGUCAUACUUGCUAUAAUUUAAUUGGUAGUGUAUCAAUUAGGCAUACACCAAUUAUUUUUAAUAAAAUCUAGAAGAUUGAACAAAUGAUUCUUGAAUCAUGACAUCCUUAAACUGAAGAGUUCCAAAUAAUGGUUCUUUGCCCUUUGUAGCAAGAAGUGUCCAGGGGUAUGUCCAUCUUCAAGCAGUAAUGGUUCCAUAUUUUGCCCUAUUCAGCUGCUAGAGAUUGACCUUGGAUUGACCAUCUUAAAAUGCUCAAAAGCAAGGUGUUGUUGAUGAUGCCACCUGAUAGCAGUAGUGCUAGGGUGCUCAUGACUUCCUUCGCUUAAGAUUCUCGAAACAGGAUAUACUGUCCUUAGACUUUCAUAGACCAAGAGUUCUCAUUGGUUCUCCUGUGCUGUAAUGAUUUUCUCUACUUGAUAAUAUAAGCUUAUCAUGUGGACUGUAGGCACAAUUGCUUUCUGCCCUUUUUGAAAUCUGCUUAGUUAUGCCUAAAUCCAAGUCAUUGGUACUCGUGAUGCAAGGAGCACUGAGGGCCUAGGACAUGGAGCAUGGCUCUGUCAGGAGUAGGAAGAAUCCUGCUGGGGAACUUUUCAUGUGAGUUUGCUGAAUUGUAAGCAUAGGUGGGGAUGGCAAAGCACUGGCGUUUGCAUCCUGUGUCCCAUCCUCCCCCUACUUUGUAUCCUGAGUCCUGUGUCACCUUAGAUACCAAAGAAAUGUUGAGUAGAACAUUUCUCCUGAAGUCUGUGAGAUCGAAUUGCCGUGCUCUCUGGUAAUAGUUGGCCCUAUCUUCACAUGCUUCUUCAAGUUCAGAGUGUUCCUGAAUUGUUUUCACAUAGGGUUAAUGGAAAGUCCGUCAGUGGGCCCCCUCCUUGUAAAGUUUAAGUCUUUCCAGUGACAGGCAAAUCAGAUGUCUAUGGAAAACAGUUCCUCGUAGGUUUUCUAGAAUUUGUUAUUCAGAAAGUCACUUCAUUUGAAAUAUUAAAAUGGUAUUAUGAGGAGAUGGAUGCUCCUUUCCUAUUCAAAACUUUCUAGCUGAGUGAUGGAAGUCAGGCUGUGAGAUGCAAAGGAGACAAGAUCUCUCUGCUGCCCACAGUGUAGAAUUCCUGAGAUUGAAAAUACUUUUCUACAAUGUAUUUGGACUUUCUUCAUUUAUCCUGUGGGUACUAGGUGCUUUUCCUUGGAAGUAAAUCUCAUGGUGAAGUCAGUAGGACUUGUGUCCAAGUCAACAUGAAUAAGAUGGGGAUUUUCUUUGGGGGUGGAGGUGGGAAAUGAAACCAUAAGAAAAUCAAAUUCAUUCAUCAUUACCCAGAUUAAUAAUAUCUCACUUUACUUUCUACGAACGCAGAAAUCGGGGUGCUUUGGAGUCUUCUAGAUAUUGUACUACUUUGAUUCUGUGGUGAAUUAAUUAAGGAACCUAAAGUAGAAUUGGUGAUUUGUUUGAGAAAUGAAAAAUUACAUCAGUGUUGCAUUUUUAAUUUUUUUUAAUUAGUUUUGGCAGAGCAUAACAAAAUUCAGUCACUAUAGAGUUAACUUGAGAUAUUCUUGUUAAUAUGCUUCAUGGGAUAGAAAGAAGGCCACAUUAAAAAAAAACCCAGUAGCAAUUUGUUGUUUGGUUUUAUUUAAAUUUGUUUGACUUUUAGUAGUGUGAUAUCAAAUGUUUGGGCAUUAGGUUGUUGAACAGUAUUCUGAAAAGAACACUUUCAGGCAGAAAUUAUUUCUGUUUUGCAUUAUCAAUGAUGUAAUCAGUUCACAAAUGCAAAUAUAUUAAACUCUUCACAGCACACGUGCAAGACAUUCAUUCUUCCUUUAGGAUUAUUUUAUUUACUACUAGGCUUUUUGGAGGGAAUGCUUUUAAAAUACUUGUGCCUAGUUUCAAAGAACUGCACAACUAAUUCCAUGUGCCUGUGGGAAGUCUGUUUCUGGAAAAACGGUCCUCCAUGCCACAUAGAAAGCCUCUUUUGAAACUGAAGGGAAGCUAUUUGUGAUAUGGGCUGGAGUGAAAGUUUCACUGGGAAUGCCUAAAGUAUCUCUUUGGAGUCUAGCCACAGUCCAAUUCUGUACACGUUUACUCAAAAAUAAGUUUCAUAGUAUCCACUGAGGCUUACAUCUUGUAAGUGCUUGGGACUACAGUCUUAUUUUUUUGUUCAACCUAUAUUGUAUUUGGACUUGUGUGCACAAUUGGAUUGAUUACAGUCGUACCUCGGAAGUCGAACAGAAUCUGUUCCGGAAGUCCGUCCGACUUCCGAAACGUUCGACUUCCUGAAGUCAGUCGGAAGCUGUGGAAGCCCCAUUGGACAUUUGGCUUCCGAAAGAACCUUCGAAAACCAGAACACUCACUUCCAGUUUUUGAUCAUUCGGGAGCCGAAACAUUUGACUCCCAAGGUGUACAAUGACAUAGUUGUAGAAAAGCUACUGUAGUGUGUCACCAUGUACGCAAAAAGAACUUUGGGCACCCCAAGUGAUAGAAAGUUUAUAAUAUUCUUCUACAUCCUGUUUGCUAAACGAGAGAGUGAAAAGGUUCUGUGAAACGAGAAUUGGCACUGUAUGGUAUUACUGGAAGUAAGGGGACAGCCCUUCCAGAGCUCUAGCAUGAUGCAGCAUGUUGUGAAUGAGUGGAGGGCGAAGAGGUGAGAACGUUUGCCUGCAUGCUGUGGCUGUUCUGAAUGCUGUGCUGUUCUGAAGCUUCCCCUGUCCCAGUACUGUGUCCCACUUCAGGAUCUGGAGGGCCUUGACUACGCUGACCUUUGUGAUUGCUGCAAUGAACAGGAUUCGUGCUGCUGAGAGUGCCCAGGUGAAACAAUUAUAGGAGAGAGGGGUAGUGCUUCAUUGGUGUUGGACUGUAAUGAUGAUCUUCCCUUACUUCAGAAAUCAGUGACUGCCAAUAUUAAUGUUUCCUGAGAGCAAUUGCAAGAUCUCCAACAAAGUAAGCAUUUUGUGAUAACAACAAACAAGGAAAUUGUGAGCAAGGACAGACGUUUUAAUUUCUCUUAAGGAGCUGGAUUGGUGUAUACGUUUCUAAAAAGUGGGGAAAUUGUUUCACUAAUUCAGGAUUCUUUCCGGAGGCUUAAGCAGUAGCCCAUGUAUCUAACCGUAAAAAAAACCAAAACCUAACUUGGAAGUACAUCAGGCAUGAGAAACGUGAGUUGUGUUGCUGGACAACAACUCCCAUCAUCCCUGACCUGGCCAUGCUGGAGGACCACAGGUACCUCACCCCUCAUGAUAUUUUUUCUCUACAUGCAAGUUAAACAUGAUGAUAUGUUAAAUAUCUAUUUCUCAUGAAGUCACAAAAGUAAUCCUUGGCUUUUUAUGGGUAAUAUAUUUUAGGGCAAAUAGUUUCAGCUGCACGUCCACACACAUACAAAUGUGUGUGCACUUGCACACAUGCACACCCACCCACUUUAGAAAUGCAAAAUAUGGCAAUUAGCAUCCUGGAAAUUUCAGCAUUUUUUAAAAGGUGUGUUUGCCAUUGUGGUUGCAGAAAACAGCUUGGAAAAAUACAUUGUGCCUUUUCUGAAGACUCAGAAAGCAGAAUGGAACUAGGUUGUGAUUUCUAGUGAUCAGGAAGCAGGAGUUAAUUGAAGUAAAACCUUGCCACAAGUCCAUUGAUUUCCGGGGGUCUGCUUAGGAUAUGACUUUGUUGGAUACCGUUCUAGAAUUUCACUACCCUGUGCAGCUCCCAAUCCGUUCACCAAGAUUGUAUUCUUUAUUUUCACAUUAGUGGCCAUGUUACACCAAUCUCAGCAUCCUGAAUUUAGGAAGAAGUGUAUUAUGGAAAGUAAACAUGCAAAACCUAUGCUAAGUGCAAAAUAUUGGAUUGUGUGUUAUUUGUCUGCACUGGCAACCUUUCUUGCUGUUUUCCUCCUCCGUCUUUGCUUGUUUGGCAGCAGGCUUGACCUUCUGGGCUUGUUACCCAUAGGUACAAGUACAGGCAUAGAGCAAGGAUGGGGAACCUCUGGCCUGUAGGCCAACCUUCGGCUGCCAGGGAGUCCAGUUUUGCCUGCCAAUGCCAUUUCCCCCAAAUUACACCCUUGCCCAUGGUUUAGGGUCUAGGGCGAAGCAGACCCCUACAGAGAGCAGGAUUGAAUGUUCCUCCCAUCAGCUGGUGGGCAGAGCAGUUGAUUCCUUCAUCUACUCUGCAGGUCAACUCUUGACAGAUGGGUGGGACUGCCCAUCUAUCUGUGUAUGUCAUAAUGUCAGAUGAUUGAAAACUGAGUAGGUCCCACCCACUUGCCAAAGUUGACCCAUCAGGCCUCUGGGCUCAAAGGUUUCUCCACUCCUGGCAACUUCACUGCCGCCGUCCAUUGUAAUUCACAUACCAUAUUACCAUGCCUUUAUCCAUGUACAGAAAACUAUAAUAACCACUAUGUUUGUAGAUGGGGGAGUCCUGGUGUCUGUGAGAAAUAUUUAUUUGGAUCAGAAGAGGUUCUCCGUAAAGCACUGGUAUUAAGUUUAACUUCUUUAUAAAUAUUGCAAAUACUAUCAGUGGCAGACUUGGUCUGCUCACUGUAGUCCGUUCUGUGUUUUUCUUAUAGGUAUUCACCCUUGCACCCAGGAUUGGGUAUUCCUGGAGUUCCCAUUUGUGUGGGCUUCUCUUGGCAUUGAAUGAAUCUGGUAAAUUGUAAUUUCUUUCCUCUUUGGUUUCUAACUCUGCUUGUGCCAGUCUAGUAUUGCAUUGGACCUUUCUUUUUUUGUGCCAGUGUCGAUUCCCUCCUCUCCUUGUACACACAGUUCUUAUCACUAGGUCCUGCAUAUUAGGUUUCAAUUCCUGGUCCUGUAAAUUGAAGAUGAAUCUAUCAAGCCUUUCCCACCUCAUGAAGAGGAAAUAGCUUAGCACCAUCUAGUGGUAAAAGACCUAAAGUUCAACUAGUUUUGCGUGGCGCAGGAAAAUUUGAAGAUUCGCACAUGGUAAAUUGCCAUAGAAGUGACAAUAUUCAAAUGAAAACAUAAAUGCCUUUGGGUAGCUAACAAAAUAAAGUAUCAGUUUCCCCAUUGCUCUUUCUUGCUGCUUCUAUUAAGCAUUUGCUUUUAAAUUAAUCUUGCUGUUAAUUAUAUCUAACUUUUAGAAUAUUUUAGACAUUCCCCACAUGAUUCAAAUUGUUGGCCUUGCUAACUUAAGUGGAAAUUAAUCCUACUUUGACUAUGCCACACACUCUAACUAUACCAAUUAGUACUUUUGUGUGAAUUUUUAGAACAGAUUGAAACAGAAGGUUUAGUGACAUUGUGAAUUAUGUCAAAAUGGAAUUGUGUUUCUGUCACUUCAAGCAGUGGUUCAGUUUCCACAUAAUGUUUUCUGUGCUUAUAAAAAGUCUAUAAACAUUAUGGUGGCGUAUAAACCUGACAUCCUGCCUUACUAUGUUGGCAGUUGCCGUAUAUAAUAAACAUUGUUUCUCCCAUCUAGAUAGUGAAACCUACGUAUCACUACCGUUAGAAAAGUUUCUGAAAUAACUUGUGUGACUUUAGAGGCUUGCUUGGGUGGUAAAUAUCUAGUUAACAGAAUGAGCUUCCUUGACUCUGCUGCAUUUGAUAAGGAGUUGUGAGGUACUAUCCAGAGAGCAAGGUAUGCUGAAGUCCCAUUGAAAUAAAUACCACCUCAAUGCACUAUUAAGUACUUAGCAGUACAGGCUCACACACCUGCUUAAAAAGAAGUCCCAUUGAGUUCAGUGGGGCUUACAAUAAGUGGGUAUAGAUGUAGCCUAAGCGCUACUGUUUUCAUUUGGAUUUCAUCAUAAAAUGUAUCUGGAUGUAUCUGUUAUGACUAUCCCGUCAAGCCAAUUAGGAAAGGGGAUGCCUUUUUUCAGAGGUGCUUUUCAGAGCUGAACUGCAUUUAAAACUUCAGCCAGCUGUAUCCCUUUGACUGGCACAGGUUUCUAUGAACGGAGGUGGGGGGUGGGGGUUUCCACAACACUCCCCCUCCCAGUCUACUUUAGUGGGUUGGGAGACUUUUUUGAACAGCCGUGGGACAUGGCAUGAGCAGCUGCAGGAAAAAAAACACUUCCUUCCCUCUUCUGUUAAUGGAAGCAUCCACCGGAGCAAAGAGUAUUCUAAGAACAGCGGGAGACAAUUGACUAAAACCCUUAAUUCUAUUAAAAUUCAUAUCCCACCUUUCUAGGCAAAAUACCCAUUAAAGAUGUUUUUUGCUUUUACACCUGAAAGGGCUAUUUUUGUAACGCACAAACAUGCACACCCAAUGAUUUUGGAAAGUAUAUGAGAAGUUCCUGCAACCUUCAAAAGACCUUGGUCAGAAAGUUGGUCUCUGUCGUCUUUGUGAACUGGAUACACAUUGGUGAUGAACCAGACCUUGUUGAUGAACAUUCUAUCAUUACAAAGCAGGUGCAAAAGAGGAGUCGGAGCCCUGGGUGACAUUGACUGGGGUUUGUAUCCUCUGCAUGGUUGCCCUUUUCUAAUGAGAGGUUCCUGGAAAGGAGAGGGGAGGAUGAAAAUGGAAGUAAGUAAAUGCCCUUCUAGGUGCCUCAACUCAAAGCAGUUGGUAACUGGCAACAGCUAACAUGUCUCUGUGUACACAAACUGCAUGGCUUGCACCAGUCAAAACGUUUCCAUGAGAGGUAAUAUCUUUCUCAGUUUUGCCUUUCCUUAUACCAGAGCAUUCCCCCCCAGAGCAAUAUCCAAUUAUUGCAUGAUUACAGGCAGCAGUUUUAAUUAUAUUAUGGGUAUAGGAUGCCUAUGGAACUGAAGUCAAACAUGUUCUGGAAAUGUUGCUCUUUGGUUUCUUAACAUCACCAUAUGGGGAUUCAUAUUGAACUGGGUGUGUGCCAUGAAGAGGAAAUCAUAAGGAAGAUUGUACUCUUCAUUUGCUUUUGCAAUCUAUUUUCAGUAAAUGAAAAUGAAUGGAAUGUAGAAUGAAAGCAAAGAAAUACUUGAUGUGUAGGUUGAUACCCAAAUACUAAGCUUUGUGCCUUUGUAAAAGAGAACGUGAGAAUAAUAUAUUGUGUUGAUGCUACCAAUGUAUAUUAUUAACACAAGCCGUUCGUUGCGUCGGGUCAUUGGGUGGGGCAGAAAAGAGAGAUGAUAGUUCACAGAAUAGCCUGUGAACUUUCACCCCUCUAUAUGGAAACUUGUUUCAGGGCCAAAUCUGCCUUGUAGCUGCCUUCUUGCCACGGUCAAUGCCAGCCCUACUAUUCACAACACUGCGGCCAUCGAGGCCUAGGUACGUAAAAAUUUAAGGAGUUUUUAAAAGUACUUUAAAGCUGAUAAAAUGUUUUAAAACCUAUGUUUGAUCUUACAGCAUUUAAUAAUAAUAAUAUGACUCUUGUGGUUAUUUGAAGCAGUUGUCACAGGCUACUGUUGAGUUGUGUGGCUAAGUUCUUUUUUAAAGAAUUGCUUGUAUCAUGCACAGGGAUUUUCAGGUGGAAAAUGAUCAUACAGUUGUGUAAUAAAGUGGGAGAAAUUGUUUCUUUUAUAUUUAAAAUAUGUGUAAAAGUUUGCUUUUUCUAUUCAGUAACUAGGUAUACAUAGCACACAUUUUGCCAGUUAAAUGUUUCCACAAGAUGAGAAGAGAUGCAUUGGAACCAAAGUGCUAUUAUUUAAAAUGCUUGUAAAAUAUAUUAUGUGUAUAUAUAAGCAGUGGAUAUUUAUAUUUCCACUUACUGAUUGAAACUUUUACUUUAAGAAUAUGUCUAGGUAGAUUUCUUCAAUGUAUGUAAUGUAAAAAAUACAUGCCUAUUUCUUUGAUAGUUAAUAGUUAGAAGCUUUAGAAAGUUCUGUAGUUUUCCUCCAGAGUGCUAAAUGAAGGGUUCCUUUUUACUUUUUUUCUUUGGGUAGGAUCAGUUUCUGAGAGCUGCCCCUGUAACUGGAGGAAUGGGAGCCCAACUCAUGAGGAAAAUGGGAUGGAGAGAAGGAGAAGGCUUGGGUAAAAAUAAAGAAGGAAACAAGGAACCAAUUCUAGUGGAUUUUAAGACUGAUCGGAAAGGUGAGUUGUUUUCUCUGAUGUUAACAACUUCAUACUGAUUUGUCCCAGACCAUUGGGGAAACAGGUGCCUUUGUGAGGAUUCUUGUUCUGAAUAGAAAUCCUGUGUAAUCCAGGAAGGCUUUGGUACCCUACAUUCAGCACUUUCAUCCCAACACUUCUGAUGUACAAUACAUACCACAUGAAACAAUACUGUGCCAGCGCCUAUUGCCUGUUGUAGCGGUUGAGUGAAUCAGAUGUGUGCAGCUGAAUACUGGCAAUAAUGUCUUCCUUAUGAAAGAAUUUCUGUAUCUGGGUCAUUGCUUCUCUGGUACAGAAAGAGCCCUCUUAAAGUGAUGCUUUUCUUCAUAAGGUACCAAAAUGAUCUAACUCCCAUUUCUUAAACAGUUCUUUCUUGAGUGGCUGACCUAGAAAUCAAGCCUAAUUUUUCUUUAGUAGUUCCAUUUUUAUGUAAAAAUGUUAUGUACUAUUUUCCUAGAAAAUUUUCUCUGUACUAAUUUCUAGUUUGACUUAAAACUGGCAAGGGCACAUUUUGAAUGCUUUAUAUAUUACGUUACAUAUUAGCUUCACUACGCCUGCUGAGGCCAAAUAUGGAAUAUAAAGCCUGACAAAGGUCUGGGCCAGGGCAGUAUUCUAAAACAUGAAUUUUGUUUUAUUCUAAUUUUUAUUCUGACUUCACCCAGCUCCCGGCUAACAUAUAAAAAGAAAUUUAUUUGCUGGUUUCCAAUAAUCGUAUACCUUUCAACAGAUGUUAUAUAUCUUAUUUACGCUUGGUUCAAUAUAAAUAUUACAGCUUCAGUAAAAACUUAAAAGAAUUGAAGAAGACUGUAGUUAAUAUAGUGGAUGUUUGGUACUUGAAAGGAUAUUUUAAUAAAAACAUUGGUUUUGAUCUCAACGUGCUCUUGUGCAAGCGGAAGGCAUUUCUGCUUACACAAGGUGACAUUUUUCAUCAAAAGCUCUUCCUUCUACAGUCUUCUGUGCUGCAUGCCAGCCCAUCUUGGAAGAUUUCUCAUACCCUCACAGGUUUCUUUUCCAAGCCAUGGGGGAAUGCAGAAGAGAGGUGGGAAAGCCUCGAGUUCUGUUUACUGAAGGAAAGUUAUGAUCCAAGUCAUUCGAUGACUAAUGGAAAAUUACUGCUUGAAAAUGUUCGUGGUUUUCUAUAGCUCAACGUUGUGUGGCCCAACUAGCUUGCCUGUUAACAUACGGAAUUCACUGCCAGAGGAUAUAGUAAUGCCCCCAACUUGGAGGGCUUUAAAAAGAGCUUACACUUUCAAGGAGGAUGUCCUGUCAAUUGCCUCUAGGCAUGAUGACCUUGUACUGCCUCUAUCAGCAGCAGCAUGCCUCUGAAUACUAGGUGUUGGGUCACCAGUGAGCAGAGGGAUAAUUGUGUUUGUGGGCUUCCCAUAGGUAUCUGGUUGGCCACUGGGAGAACAGAACAGUAGACUAGGUGGGUCUUUGGGUGGUAAUUGUAUGGUGGGUAGGUUGUUCAACUCUGCAAAAAAAAACCCCAACAACAACCCAAAAAACUGCUGUGGACUUUGUUGUCUGCAUUCCUGUGUUUACUGGAAAUUUAUGUCAUCUGCUAUGGUUUUGUUAAAUAUUUGGCUUUCAUUCAGAUAAAAGCUCCCAUUGGUAUGUGAAUUCAAGAAUACCAGUUUCUGUGGUAGACUGUUCCACUGACUUGAACCAAAUGGGGUCAGGACUUGCAUUCAUAUUUGGAUGUACUAGAACAUCUGAUGUGUGAGCACUUGAGCUUACAGGUUUCAGAACCAGCCAAGGGCCAGUAACUACAUUGCCACCACAUCUCAUAGUAUGAGCAUUUACUAGGUAUUUUGAUACUAAAGAAACCCUAGCGAAGAUUUAAAGAGUGCAUGGUUGUGGUUGCCAGCUAUACCAGUUGUGUUACAUUGAUUCCUGCUUUGGAGAGUCCCACAGUGCUGGCUUAAAAUACCAGGUUUCCAUAGCUUAUGAAAACACACUUUUUAAUGUGCUUUCUUUAGGCUUGGUUGCGGUGGGAGAAAAGACACAGAAGAGACAUGGACCUUUCAGCGCAGUGAAAGAUCUUUCAGGUGAGACUUAAAAAUUCAAGGAGAGCGACCAUAUCUCAUGGGUACAGCAAUAUUGAAAGUCUCGGGUUCAGUCCUUUGCAUUUCCAGUUAAAAAGAUCAGGUAGCAGGGCCCAGAGACCCGGGAGAGCUGCUGUCAGGACACCAGGGGUGGGGAACCUUAGGCCCAGGGACCAAAGAUGGCCCACCAGUUGUCUCUAUCCAGUUAUUGGGACUCUCCCAGCCCAUGUCUGCUCUGCAGGCCACACCUCUCAAGUGCUUUGCUUGACUGAUGAUGCCUCUGGCUUACCUGGAUUGAGGUUGGAGAGGUUCGUGUGUGGGUGUAGGAACCUGUGAUGUUUGCAUGACUAGCCUGUGGCCUCCUGUGCAAAGGUCAGAGCCACUUCCAGUGUCUGGGCAAGUCCACCACUGGCAUGUGGUUGCUGGAAGGUUAUCUAUGAAGGAAUGUGUGACCUUCGAGCCAAAAAGCAUUUCCCACCCAUCCCUUAGCAGAGAAUAUGGCCAGAUGGACAAAGCAUUUGACCUGGUAUGAAUGAGGCAGAUUUAGUAAUUCUGUUAAUUGUGGUAUUUCUACAUUUCUAAAACAAAACCUGUUGUUAUUAAGGCAAACAUCCCGUUUCUGCAUUGCUGGAAGUCUGUAACAAACGAAGAUGGCUGCCUCCCAUAUUCGCAUUGGUGAACGAUAAUCGACCUGAACACAAUAAGCAUUUUCUCUUUAAGGUAAGCUAGAAUGUUCUUGUAAUGGUCAGUAAUCUUAGAAAUUAAUUUUAGCACUUAAAAGUAGAUGCUUACAAUAGCACGAAAGGAAUGUUGAUCUAUUCUACUCUUCCCAUGGCUUCAAACCGCCACAGCAACAAAGUGUCCAUCUUGUUUUCUUUUUAACCUCAUCUUCUAUUAUUUGUAUACUAUUUUGUAACUUUUUAUUAUAUUUUGUACAUUGCUUGGGACAUACGUGGAAGUCCUUAAUAAAUAAUAAUUUCAAAACUUGCAUUUUGAGCCCACAAAGCAAAUACUUGUCUUUUUAGAAAGUGCAUUUCGCUUUGUUUCCCGUUUGCAGUUUUUAACCCAGGCUGUGAUUACGUGAAGUUGUCUGGACAGAGGAGAAGUUAGUGGACUAUUUUGAAAGAUGAUGGAAAAUGUACUCAUUUUGUAGGGCUGCAAUGCUUGCUUGAUUUAGAUAAUUCAUUUUAAAAACUUAUCUACAAAAAGCGCACCCAAAGUGAUGGAAGGUAUAAAAAUAUAAUUAAGUACAAUCACUUACAAAAAAAUGCAGACGGGAAGAGGAAUUGCCCCUUUUUCAUGCAGCGAAGGCCUAAGAUGAUGCCUCACGUCACAUGAAAACAAAUGGUUGGACCUGGAGGUUCCCUUCUGCUGAUGGAAGGAGACCUUCCAUUAGAUGAAGCGAAUCUUGGUUUCCAAUCCAAAGAAAUUGUGCUGACCACAUCAGAAGGAUUAUUUUUACCCAAACCAAGGUUUUUAUCAAGGGAUUAUACAUUGCAAGUCACAUGAACAAUUUGAGUCCUAUUGCUUAACUUUGUGGACAAGCCUUAGGCUUGGGCUUAGAUGUGAGGGAUAACUCCUUGACAGCGCCUGGGUUUCGAGGUAUACAAGAAACUAAGAGAGGUGUGUGUCCUUAAAAUUUUAGUCUUCAGUAGGAAGGAGAAAUGUGAUACUUUAAGUCUUACAUGCAUCCUGUUUUUAUUUGUCUUACAGGUAUUGGUCAAUGGAAUUGAAUACAAGCCUAACAGUGUCAGUCCUAAUAAGAAGCAUGCUAAAGCCAUGGCUGCAACCGUGGCUCUGCAGGCAUUGGGACUCGUACCAAAGGAGCUCUUGGCUAAUGCCACCAGCUUCAGGAGUGCCUCACACAACUGAACAACUGUUUUUAUAUUGACAUCCUAGAUAUUUUUAUUCUACGCAAAGGAUAUUUCUCUUUUGUGGUUUUGUAAAUACAUUAGCAACUCAUUGUAAAAACUGUACAGACACCUUCAGGCUUUUCUUUUUGUACAUGGAAAAUAUUUAAAUCACAUGGUUUUGGUAUGUAUAUUGAUGUUAGUGAUGCCAUCAUUUCUUAAAUUACUAAAAAUCCAAACACAUGACUAUGGAGUUAUCUGUAAUUUGUUUUAAAGCUCAACCGAUCUUUACCUUCAAUAUAAAAUUUAAAGUUUUACUGUUUUGUACCAUGAUGCAGUUCCCAUAGUUUUUGGUAAACUUUCUGUUAAAGCUGUGUAGUCUUAAGUUUACAAUGACAAUGACUGGUAGCUCAUGCUAGACAAGUGCCAGGCCCUCCUAUUUUAUCUGCAAAGAGAAAAUGGAUACGGUUGCUGGAUGAUGCUAACUACUGCUAUUCCCCCUAUCCGAAUGCCAUUGAGUCUAGCAAAAUUGUCUAGCUCAGAAAAAAAAUUACACUUGUGAGAAUGAAGCACAUCCAGCAACAGAAAUAAGAACUGCAAUAUAAAUUUAUCUGCCUGCAUGUUUGGUAGAAGAAACAUGAAACUGUAAUUUGAGUCAAACACAAUGCCUGAUGUUGAUUGUAUACAUUUGUGGUAACUGAAUUUUCAGCUAUAACUGGAUGGGGAUGUAGAAUGAUGUUGUUGUACUCGGCUUGGUCAAUAAAGCAGCACAAGUUCCUUA